UCUUCGUAGUAUUAUACUCUCUCUCUCUCUCUCUCUCUCUCUCUCUCUCUCUCUCUCUCUCUCCCCCCCCUUAAUGGAAACGCCGCGGCUCCAAAUCUCUCAAUCGUCGGAGGAGAUAAUCCGAUCUCUUCAGAUGCGUAUCAGGUGCCAAUAUUUGAGAUCCUAUGCUUCUUAGAUUGAACUCGGACGAAGGGAGACGCGAAGUUUUAGAUUUUCUCUGCAGCAGAUUCAGAAGCCCAAAAUUGGAGCUUUUUUCUUCUUUGGGUGUUAGAAUUUGACAUCUGCAUCUCGAAACAGUAGAGGACAUGAUAUGGCUGCAGCUUACAGCAGAAGCAAAAAUGUGAAUUUGGAUUAAUGAGCAAUGCAGAGAUCACGUAGAGCUCUUCUGCAGAGAAGAGCUGCUGCGUUGGAGAAGAGCAGCGUUGCCGGGAAGAAGCGCCUUUACGAAGUGUCGCUUUCUUUGCUCAUCUUAUCAUGGGUUCUUAUCUUCCUCCUCAAUUUUUGGAUCAGCCAUGGCAAUGGUUAUAGAGAGGGGCAGGGUUCUGCUGAUUGUGAACCUAGCUUGAAUGAAGGUUCUCUAACUCCAGAAAAGGAAUUGAGUUCUGGAGAUAAUUUCGCAGACUCAAAUUCCACCUUUAAUGACUAUGUUGAGAAUGCCCCGACUUCCGAGGGUGAGACUCUCAACGAUAAAACAGGGAUUCUAGCUAACGAUGACGAAGUUAUUCUUUCAUCGGCUCGGAAUGAGCAAACAUCUGAUGCAGACACCGAUCAAGGAACCAAAUCGGAGAAAGAAAGUGCUCCAAAAAGUGAUAGAUUGUCCCGAAUAGCUCCUCUUGGACUUGACGAGUUCAAGAACAAAGCGAUAAAUUCGAAAGGGAAGGUCAUUUCCAGCCAAACCGGCACUGUCAUACACCGAAUAGAGCCCGGUGGGAAAGAAUACAAUUACGCCUCUGCUUCUAAAGGCGCAAAAGUUCUAGCUUUCAACAAGGAGGCUAAGGGCGCUUCAAAUAUCUUAGACAAGGAUAAGGACAAAUACCUCCGAAAUCCAUGUUCAGUAGAGGGGAAGUUCGUAGUCAUUGAACUCUCAGAAGAAACCCUGGUGGAUACAAUUGAGGUGGCGAAUUUUGAGCACUAUUCAUCUAAUCUGAAGGAUUUCGAAUUGUUGAGUAGUUUAGUCUAUCCCACAGAAAAUUGGGACAAGAUCGGGAAUUUCACUGCUGCGAAUGUUAAGCAUGCACAGCGGUUCUCUCUUCAAGAGCCGAAGUGGGCUAGGUACUUGAGACUUAAUCUUUUAAGCCAUUAUGGUUCAGAAUUUUACUGUACUUUGAGUUCAGUUGAAGUAUAUGGAGUGGAUGCAGUAGAGAGGAUGCUUGAGGAUUUAAUUUCCGUGGAGAAAAAAGGAGUGGAAGCUGAUGAAGUAACCGAGCAAGUGCCGGUGCAAGAGAAUUUAGACCGAAAUAAUUCAUUUGAGGAAAUUUUCGACGGAAAUGAUCAUGAACCCGAGAACGAAAAUCUCAAAAAUAAACGGGACUUAUCGAAAAAACCCAUUCCUGAUCCAAUUGCAGAGACGAAGCAAAUACAAGUUGGAAGGAUACCGGGAGAUACAGUUCUUAAGGUGCUAAUGCAAAAGGUCCAGUCCCUUGAUGUGAACUUCUCCAUUUUGGAGCGGUACCUCGAGGAAUUGAACAGCAGAUAUGGGCAGAUCUUUAAAGACUUUGAUGAUGACAUCGACAAUAAAGAUUUGUUGUUGGAGAAAAUAAAAUUGGAGUUAAAGAAUCUUCAAACCAGUAAAGAGAAUUUUGCCAACGAGAUUGAAGUGCUCUUAGCAUGGAAACUAAUUGCUUCCUCUCAAUUGGACCAGCUGGUGAGAGAUAAUGCAAUACUCAGAUGGGAAGUCGAAGAGGUUCGGGAUAAGCAGUUCGACAUGGAGAAGAGGAGUCUUGCUGUGAUAUUUCUUUGCUUUGUGUUCGGGUGUCUCGCGAUUACCAAAUUGUUUCUAGGAGUGUUGUUGAGCAUCUGUAGAUUAUAUGGUUCCGAAAAAUUUUGUAACACAAAUUAUGGUUGGCUCAUGUUGCUGCUUAGCAGUAGCAUUAUAGCUUUCAUCUUGGUAUUAUAAAAUCCGAUGUAUCGAUUAUCGUCUACUUGCCGCUGGACUCUGUUGUGGCAUGAAAUUUUGUUGUUGAGUUAUUUUUUUCUCAUUUUAUGCAGUCUCUGUGUUUGUC